GUUUGUAGCAUGUAAUGCCUUUCAGAAGUUGCCGUGCCCUGUCGACGUCGAGACGCCUGUCGUGUCACGCUCCGUGUUCCAGUUUAAGUUGCGACCGCGACACGGUUACGUGCCCACCGCUUUACUCAUAUUCAGUGUCCACUUUGUCUUCGCGUUGGUUCUAGUCAAAACUUAGAGCCCCUGCACUCCAAAAACAACAUUGGAGUACAAUUUAAAUAUUUAAAUAAAAAUAAAAAUAAUAAAAAUUCCAGUAUGUUUGUUUUGAUAAAUAAAAGUUAAAAUUGCGGUAAAGUGAAUGAAAUUUGCCGUUUCCUCUACUGGACUGUCAUAUCAGAAUAAUUGAAGGUUCAAGUGUUCUGUUUCUAUCGCUAGUGAUUUUAUUUUAUUUAAAUUCAAAUUUAAAUUACGGUUGUCGAAGGAAGAGAAUUUAAGUUACUAGGACUAGACUCGUCUUUUAAAGACGCUGAUUUCGGAUAAACAAAGUUUUGUUAAAAAUCUAUCAAGCUGGGAGACGGCAGAGGCAGACCAAAAAGAGUCAGGAUGGCUGACGAAACUUUACCAACUGAACCUGUCGCAAAAGAGAGAAAAUCUCUUCAUGUUACGACUAUUGUGGCUAAAGUUACUGAAGUGGUUCUCGCGGUGCUUAUCAUCGGCUUAGUCGUGGACCCGCUGAAUUCGUACCAUCAAAGGAUGUAUAACAGACCGCGGUCGAAACUGGACGAUGUUGCACUUAUUUACACGACUGUCGCGGGGUAUUUGCUUAUUAACCUGCUCUUCAUAAUCGGGCAUGCUCUGGGAGACAAAAUUCCGAAGCGAAUGAUAAUCAUGUUCUCAGUAGUAGGAGCUAUUAUGCACCUGAUCUCAGCAAGUGUAAUGGUUCACAGCUGGAGAAAAGCAGUUGGUUCUUAUUUCGACGUCCAGAACAACAACAUCUACUCGAGCAAAAUGUACAACGACAUGAUGAUAUCCGCAUCAGUGUUUACAUUCAUAAACGCGGCUGUUUACGCCGCUGAAGUCUUCGUCACAGUGAAGUACUCGUAGCCCGUUAUUUCGCGACAGUACGAGGUCUCCUUGAACGAACUAGGCCGUUACUGAUCGCGCAACUAUUCUCUACUCUGUUAUUACGGAAUUUUAAGUAUGUUUUAAUGACAAAUAUACCAAGUGUCAUAUAAUAAGUCUAAGUAAGUUGAAAUUAUUUUAAAGUUAAACAAAAACUAAUAUUUAUAUAAAAGUAAUAUGAAGGAAACUUUGUGCUCGUUUGUGAUAAGAACUACAAUUGACGGGCUAUAUGAAACAUUGAGAAGCUUAAAUGUACAACGCUGUAAUCCAAAGUUCAAAGUUUUAACUCGAUUAUUAUCGCUUAUCGUUAAAUCCGUCCAUUAAUUAAGUUUUUUUUUUAGUAAUUAAAUUUUUAAGUUAAAAACCUCUUUUGUUGUCAAUAUUGUUGAUCUUCAAUUGCUUUUUACGAUGUAAGCGUUACCGUCAAGGAGACUACUCAUUAUCAUUUUCUGAUAUUUUAUUUUUGUAAAUUUUCAUCAAAGUAAGAUUUUAUUUUAUAAUUUUUUUUUUAUUUCUUUAAAAUUAUGAUUUGAUAUAUUUUUUUUUUUUUUUAAAUAAUUCAUAAAAAUAUGAAACUUAAAUUAGCAGACGUUGGAUAUUUUUUAAACAUUGUACAAAAAUAUUUUCAAAUUUUUACUGUGAAAAUUUUUGUAUUAAAAAAUUCAAAUAAUUGUUAAAGGUCUGCCACUGCUUAAAUAUUGUAAAAAUAAGAUAAUUACUUUUGUAAUUAUUGAGACAUUGUAGAUAAAUUAGUUUAAAGUGUAUUUUUGAUAAAUUUUGCAAGUUUGACUACAAUUAUUGAAUAUUAGCAUAUCUUGUAAAAAACGCUAAAUAAAUUACACUUAACAAGUAAUUUUCACAUCGCAAAAAUAAAAUAUUAAAAUAAAUAGAAGUCGCGUGUA